AUGACGUGCUCAGCAUCCGCCUUAGUCACUCCACCCAAGCAAUAUCAAUUAGAAUUGGUAUUAUUUAUCCCAAUUCUACUCAGAACAGAAAAGGAUGAAUAUAUUAUGAACAAAAUUAAAGUGUUAUUAAAUGAACAGUAUUAUAUACCAGUAUUAAGAUCUGAAGAUAAAAGUACACAGCCAAAAAUUGGUGAACCUUUCUCACCUAAGAAACCUCUAGUACUCAACACUAAUAUUUUAUCUCCAAAGAUUGAAAUUCAGGCUUUUGCUGGGCCUAUGAGUAAGAAAGAUGCUGAUGAGUUUUCAAAAAAAUGGAAAAAUUCUUAUAUAACUAAUAAUCAUGGAAAUCAAUCUGCAGAUUUGUCAGUAAUUGAUGAAAAUGAUUCAUCUUUUGAGCAAUCAAAAGAUUCAGAUAAUUUGGUUGAAAAUACUGCCAGCAGCACUCCAAAAAAGAUUAAUUUUGGUGCAUCUUGCAAAUCACCUUUAGUUCGUUUCAAACAGCAGAAUUUGUUGAUGAGCCCCUCUAAAGGACAAAUAUCACCCAUUAAAGGUUCACCAAUUAAGGAACACCAUAAUCAUUUGCUUGAUUUAGAUAAAGGUCUGGAAAGACUUGGCCGGAAAAUUGCUAGAGAAAAAGUUACUGGUUGGCUUGAAUUUUGGCCAUUUUUAGGAACAUUUACUAAUUUUGAAUGCCAAAAAGGUUUAAAAUUAUUGGAAAAUUAUUUGAAACAAAGAAUACAAAAGGAAUAUUCUCUAAAUAAUAAUUCAUAUGAAAAAUCACUUCGAUCUGUUUCAUUAGAGUUCACAGAAAAUUUUUGUGCACAAGACAAUAUAUCAAAUGAUUGUGUAAGUCCAAUAACAGAUUUAUGUUUAGCUUUUGAAAAUUGCCAAAUUAAUUCUAAAUCAAGCAUAAAUGAUCAUAGCGGUUUCAUUAUGAACAAUAGUAAUCACAUAAAUAAUCCGGGUUUAAAUCCAUUUUUAUGUGUUGAAAAGAGUUGCCAAGUAUUUGCUAAACGAAUGUCAACUUUUUUACUUAAUAUUGAAUUAGGUCAUGCUCUGAUAAUGGCAUCCUUAAUUACAGAAAUCAAACAUUUGCAGAGCACAAUUAAAAGUUUUUCUGACGAUGUUCGGUUUGUUUCUGUUAAUUUUCAUUUAGUUCAUUCAAGAAUUGCUAAACUGGUAACAGAAAAUAUCUCAAAUAAAGAACUGGAAAACAAAUUAGAAUUGAACACAAUCCGAAAAAUUAUCAAUACAUUAAUUGAGAAUCCAUACAAAAGAUUUGACUCUGUGGAUACUCAAAAUGAAUUACAUAUUCGCAGGAAAAAGAAAAGUGUUAAAGGAGAAAGUAGAGAUCUUAUUUGCAUUUUAUCACAUAUAUUAUCUUACUUAGUCCACGACAAUAAAAUGUUGAAAGCAAAUACAGAAGCAAAUUGCAUAGAAGUAUGGUCUAACGCUUCUGAAUGUGGCUGUACUUGGAUAAAUAAAACACAACCAAAACCAAGGAAUCAUUUAACACGGCGUAAUCAUUUUAGUAGAGAAUCAUCAUUUGAUUUUUCAUUGCCUAGGAUGGAAAACAUAGCAAGAAGAUUAUUUACCAAAACUGAUAAUACAAAAAACUUAUCUGAUAGUGAGCAGGACAGUGAUGAUGAUGUUUUCGUAACACCUCCAUCCAGUCCAUCAUUAAUUUUAGAUGAAUCUAAUUUGGAACAUGUCAGUAGUGAAGAUGAAAUGUUUGAUCUUCCAGAUGACAAAUUUGCAGCAUUUAUAGAAGGGAUGGAGCCUACAAAAUUGGAUUUAUAUGUUUACCAAGCUUUAGAAGAUUGUGAUAUAAAUUCAGAUGAAUAUCCACAUAUUUAUCAGUGGAAACAUGCUGUAUCUCUAUAUCCAGAAAUAGAACGAGAAUGUUGGCCUAGCCCAGGGAAAAAAAUUAAAGUAAAAUUAUCAGAUACAUCAAUUUCUAGUGAUUUAAAUAAACAAUUUAGUGCAGUUGAACAAUGGACAAAUAUUGUUGGACCUUAUUCACCUACUAAUAAGUGAUUUUACAUUUUAAAACAAAUUCAUUAAUUGUUAAAGAUCUGGUGGCCUAUGAUUGCAAUGUUUUAUAAAAAAGAGUAUUUGUGAACACAAUGCCAGAUAUUAUUUAUAGAAGUUAUUUUUGAAUUGAAAGUGGAUGUAC